UUAAAAAGUGCGCUUAAAGCAAAAUCUCUUAAAGUAAUAGCCGACUAGCCGUUAAAUUGUUAAAAAGUAAAGAAUAAGUAUUUUAAGGGACCGAAGUACAAACUUCCAUUCGUUAAUAAUGGAUUCAGAAGAAUCUUUAGAAACUAAUUUAAAUUCGGUAAAAGAUAUGAUACUAGAUGAAGAAAAAAUCGUCUCAUACGUUUCACUGAGUAAAGAUCUUUGCAUUCAUAUAAAUAACAGUAAAAGAUUGUUACACCUUUUUGUUAGAAAAAUUCCUGAACAAUGUCCGAAUAUCAAGCUUAACGUAAAUUAUAUUGUGUCAGGUAUAACAGAUGAUAGAAAAGCGCGGACUACCGUAUGUACCGAGGCUGAUUUAAAAAUCCUAAAAACAUCAUUUAAGACUGUAUUUUAUGAACAUGUAUAUAGUGUAAGCAAAGGUUCUCCACGCACUGACCAUGCUGCUUAUGUAAUAUUGAAUAAAUUUGAUGACCUAAACCUAUGUGAGGGCUUAAUUAAGAACAGCAAGUGCAUUAAAAUGACUUCAGAUGAAGUUGGGGGCUUGAAAAGUAAUGCAGUAUCUAUUGGCGAUAUAGAAUCAGCUCCUCAAAAGAAAAUCAAAACAGAAUCUAAAAAUUUGGUAAAAAAUAGUCAAUCAGAUGAUAAGAUAGCUUCAAGUGUCAGUGAAAAUUUGAAAUCUAAAGUUAAAUCAGAAGUGGUUUCUCCAACCGACAACAUUAAAAACAAACAAAAUUGUAAAAUUAAUGGCCAUAAAACUCAAAAAGGAAUAGCUGGAUUUUUCAAUAAAUCUAAUACCAAUCUUAAUAAGAAACCUAUUAAAGAACCUGAACACGCACUAAAGACAGUAAUAGUAAAAGAAAAUAUUCAAGUUGAAGAUCAAAAACUAAAAAUGGAAAUAGAUGAUGAUCAUCAUAAAGAUGAGACAGAAAGAUCAGUUAAAGAGGAACCUGUAUCUGAAAAGAAAAAUAAAGUUCUUACUCAAAUCAAGAAAUCUACAGCUAAUGGUAAGAAAAGGAAAAGAGUAUUGCAUGUUUCAGAUAGUGACAGUGAUGAGGAGACCAACCCCGUUGCAGUCAAAGAAGAAAUUAAAAGUGAAUCUGAUGAUGAGAUUCCUGCAACACCAUCUGCUAACAGUAUAAAAAUAACAUCAGGCAUUGUUAAUCCUAAGAAAAGAAGAAAAGUGGUGGAUAAGACUUAUAUUGACGAGGAUGGGUACAUGAACACCGUAAAAGAAGAGAUUUAUGAAAGUUAUUCAGAAAAUGAGGAUGAUAAAAAUGUCAAACAGAAUUUAAAAGAAGUGAAAGUAGAGAAGAAAGAAUUAUCACCGAAAGAGAAGAAAAAUGGUGUAACUAAGAAGAAAAUAUCCCCUCCACAAAAAGGGAAACAAGCUACACUUGCACAGUUUUUCAAGAAAAAGUAGAAGUUAUAUAGUUUAAUUUAAUCAUGAAAUUGUUAUGGUAUACUAUUGUCAAAUUGAGAGUAUUUUGUUAUUUUCUCUUAAUAAUAUUGAAAAAUAAAUAUUUUAUAAUGACUUAUUAAUUACCUGU